AUGCACCCUGUGCUCACCGCCAUCGCUCGACUGCUUCUCGGCACCUCCCUGUUCUCCUCGCUCUUUUUAUCCCGUCCAUGGUUCGACGCGAGCGAGGGCGUCACCUUGGCUGAGUACGCCGCAGCCGCUUAUUGUCCUCCCGAGACGAUCAGUAAUUGGACGUGCCCACGAUGCGCUGGUCUGACCGCCAACUUUGAACCUCACGCGGUGGUUUACGACGAAGCCUGGAAUCUCCAAGGUUACGUCGGGUACUCCUCGGAUUUUCAGAAGUUGAUGGUUGUUUUUCGGGGGACAAUUGGGAGUAGCCUGGAGAACUGGAUUCACAAUCUCAUGGCAACGAGAACUCAAGCCAACCUUCCAGGCAUGCCAGACGAUGCCAAAGUUCACGACGGAUUUUAUAGGUCGUGGACCCGCUCGCUGCUGCAAAAGCAAGUGACAGAAGCUGUGCAGGACAUUUUGAAAGAGCGAGGAGUUGUACCGGUGUUGGUGGUUGGGCACUCGCUGGGCGGAGCCCUUGCGACGUUGUGUGCAGCGGAACUCAUGUACACCUAUAAUUUGACCGAUGUGCAGUUGUAUACAUUUGGAAGUCCUCGCGUUGGAAACGCGGCUUUUGCGGAGGCGUUGAGGAACUCGACGUUGGACCACACAAGAAUGACGCACGACCGGGACGUUGUCCCGACGGUUCCUUUCGAGCAUUUGGGCUUCCAUCACACUGCGAGGGAGGUGUGGCAGAGGACCGUCCGGGUAGGCAGAUCGCCGAUGACACUCUCCGUCGAAGUGAUUUGUGACGAAUACGGGGAGGAUCCGAACUGUCAGAACUCAAUUUGUGGGUAUCCUGGUUCGUGCGCGAGCGUGGCAGAUCAUUUGGAAUACCUGGGAGUAUCUCUCGGCUCGACGUCGACAUCACCUUGCUAG